UUUACGUUUUCGUGCAUGUUAAAGACAUAAUGUUCCAUAUGUUAUCGUUAUCAUUUUGUUGCGUUUUACUAAAGAAUUAACUUCAGACCAUAAAGAAAACGGUUUUCAAACGAAUGUAACUAUGUUCAAGUUGAUCUAAUCAGCUAAGUUACCAGCUAACAGUCAAAAGAUUGCCAGAAAUAAUGGUUGCUCACUGAAGCAUGCUGUCCAGGGUGAAGAAAAUGCUGGCAUUUAAGAGUCAUAACAGUCCUCCUAAGGAUACAGAUCCAAUAGAUGAAUACUGCAAGAAAGGGAAGAAGUCUGACAUAGUUAUCUUCAACGCAUUAGAGGUCUCAGACUUCAGUUCACAAUAUGGAAGUGAGACAAGUAUAUCUUACACUGCCAGCAAUCUUGCCGGUCGGGGAAAUGUCUACCCAAACUAUGGAGACUUUACACAGGCUUGUGUCUUUAGGACAUAUGGUGAUUGGUGGGACCGGGCACCGUCAGGCAGGCAGAGGUUUGCCAGAACUCCCGAGUGGUUUACCAGUCAGGACUAUAUAGAGCUGGUCUUUCAGCGUAAGGUUUAUCCAAUUAAGCUUGAGAUAUAUGAGACUUACAACCCUGGUUGUGUAGUGAGGAUUCUGGCCUGUGACAAGUCCAUGGGCUCCUGCGUAGAUACAGGCAACCAGAGUGUGCAUUGGAAGACGCUGUGGUCGGGCAAGGCGUCAAGGGCUCCGGCUAAAUCUCGGGUGUUCUGCCCGCCACUUGCCAAGUGCCCUUUUCCCACUGAUCUUAUCAGGCUCGAGUUAUGCCAUAAACAUGUGAUCUACUACACAGAGUUAGACUACGUCUUGUUAUAUGGCAGUAAGGUACCUGGAAAUGAAGAGGACCUCAUUGAUGAUGAAAUUAUCCACAGAGAAUGUACCUUUUCUGAUGACGAGGGCGAGCAUGAGACAGAUGUUACCAUGGCAACCUCCAAGCUGGGUCAGCUGACCCUGGGCUCGGGCUCACCGGUCAAACAGGAGGCUGUGUCCACCGACACAGAGGAAACAAGUAAACAGGAAGAAAAUAGAGAGGAAACGGUUCAAGCAGAAUGCUGUAACGACAUUCAGGAAACCCAGGGCUGUACAGAUGACCCAGAAACUGACAAUGGAUACUUUGGUCUUCUACCUGAGGAAGUUAUUCAGCUGAUCCUGAGUUUUCUCGAUGUGAUGUCUUUAUGUCGGGUAGCUCGGACCUGCAGUUUGUUACGCGAUCACAGUUACGACCCAUUUCAGUACAAGGAACUGAACCUACAACCUUACUGGAAUCAGGUUAAUGACAUUGCCCUAAAGGGCAUGUUGGGUAGAAGCCGGUUUCUACAGCGACUCAAUCUGUCCUGGUGCCAUGGAAAUAUUCUCACAGAGCAAGCAUUCUGCUGGUAUAUAGAAGAAUGUGGGGAGUCGUUACAAAGUCUGUACCUCUCAUCAUGCAGCUUUGUGACAGACAACUGCCUUGAUGCUAUCGUCCGUCACUGCAAAAACCUAUCGGAGCUCGAGUUAGACAGCUGUUCGCGAGUAUCACAUGAAGGACUUCAGAAGCUGGCCAGUCUCUCAAAGCUGCAGAGAUUGAACCUGUAUCGUACUAUGAUUGACCAGAAGGCGCUUUCCACUAUCAUUAUAUCUUGCCCAGAGCUCAGGCAUUUAAACAUUGGCGCCACCCAUGGUAUCCACAACUGUGAUGAAAUCCUGCAAGUGUUGGGAAAACACUCAAGGCACUUGUUAUCAUUGGACCUGUGGAGAUGUAAAACAGUGACGGAUAUUGGGUUGAGGGAGCUGGCUGUGGGGUGUACGGAGCUUCAGGAACUGGAUAUAGGAUGGUGUUUUAACAUCAAGUCUUCUUCUGGGUCAAUACGAUUUCUGGUAGAAAACUGCAAAAAAAUCAAGAAAUUAUUUUUAACUGCCAAUAGGACAGUGGAUGAUGAGGACCUCCUGGCAAUCGCCAACAACUGUCCGGACCUGGAGCAGCUCGAUAUCCUUGGAACAAGACAGGUGUCUGCAGAUAUUGCAACCAGGUUGUUACAACAGUGUGAAAAACUGGAGUUUUUCGAUGUUUCUUUCUGCACUGGUAUAGACAAGAUCAGACUUCAUGAUUGGAGCACAAGAUUUCCCCGAGUAGACGUGAAAAAGAGCUUUCAAAAUUGACAUAAAUAAAACCAAACAAAUAAAGUGUUUGUUUCCAAUUUCACUGCCAAAAGCAUAGGUUCGGUACAUGUAGUUCAGGACUCUCAGGCCAAAAAAAAUGUUUGUAUUUUACUUCCAAAAAAUAUAUGGUAGGUUGGUCAUGGUAGCUCAUUGUCAUUAGGGCCCUUGCAUAAUGUCUUUAAGGCGUUUAAACAAUGUUUAUUUUAGAAUUUUUGACUACUAUGAUUGUCCCUGUAGUUUUCAUUGUAUUAGUGUGUGAAUAUCAUUUUCAUACUGAAAACCUGGGUGCUAUUUUGUCUUGGUACAUGUACACUCUCUUUUCUGUGCAAGAAACAGUUUAUCCCCCUAAAUUAAAGGUCAGAAAUGUUUUUUCUGCUUGCAAUAAAAAGAAUUUGGGUUUUGGUGUCAAAAUAGAGGCGAAGGUCAUGAAACUGGAAACAAAGAUUUUUUUGAACACCUUUCACUGUAGUUAAGCUUUGUAUUGAUAGAUAGUGAGUAUAUUGAUAAAACGGGUGGGAAUUCAAGGAUUAUGGAUUGAAAGUGGCUAGUGUAAAAGGCAGUAAUUCAAGGAUCAUGAACAGGAAGUGGCUAGUGUAAAAGGCAGUAAUUCAAGGAUCAUGAACAGAAAGUGGCUAGUGUAAAAGGCAGUAAUUCAAAGAUCAUGAACAGGAAGUGGCUAGUGUAAAAGGCAGUAAUUCAAGGAUCAUGAACAGAAAGUGGCUAGUGUAAAAGGCAGUAAUUCAAAGAUCAUGAACAGAAAGUGGCUAGUGUAAAAGGCAGUAAUUCAAAGAUCAUGAACAGAAAGUGGCUAGUGUAAAAGGCAGUAAUUCAAAGAUCAUGAACAGAAAGUGGCUAGUGUAAAAGGCAAUAAUUUAAGGAUCAUGAACAGAAAGUGGCUACUGUAAACAGGCGUAGGCAGUAAUUCAAGGAUCAUGAACAGAAAGUGGCUACUGUAACAGCAGGAGGUAAUUCAAGGAUUAUUUAUAGAAAGUGGCUACUGUAAACUUGCGGUAGUUCAAGGAUCAUGAUCAUAUGGCGGUAAUUCAAGGAUCAUGAACAGCAAUUGGCUACUGUAAACAGGCGGUUAUUUAAGGAUCAUGAACAGAAAUUGGCUACUGUAAACAGGUGAUAAUUCAAGGAUAUCGUCUGGCAAGCUCAAGUCACCAGCUGUUGUAUAUCUCCAUGUAUCUUGGUUUGUUAUUUAUGGCAUUGCAGCAAUCAAUCUAAUGAUUUUAUAUAUAUAUAUAUAUAUAUAUAUGUGUGUUAUGUAAGAGCAUCUUUUUUUUUGUAAUGUAAUUAUAACUUCAAAUGUAUAUUAUCAAUUGUGUAAAAGCAGGGACAAACUUACAUCUCCACACUAGUGUACAAGUGUAAAACUAGAUUAAUAUCAAAAUGAUUUGUUUUUAACUUUUCAUUUAUUUUCGUCCAGUCGUAUUACUCUGUGAUCAUUAUAUUAAUUAUAUGCCUAUUAAUUUCCUUUUCCAUAUCUAGCGUUGAUUAUACAGUGCGCUGUAUCCUGCUACUGUCGUAACUGGUAUCAGCAAAGUAGCAUGUGUUGAGUGCUUCCUUUUACACACUAAUGUUUAUUUAAGUUUGUUGAAAGCGUAACUUACACUUACCUAAAUAGCAUAUAGCUGCUUUGCUUUUAUAUUCAAGAAAAUGUUCUAAAUUAUUAAUUAAUUUGAUCGAUUUAUGAGGUCAUUUCCAAAUUGAAAUCAUGUAAAAUUGUGUACAGUUUUGUUGGUUUAAACAAAAAGCAGUGUAAAUUAAACAUGGAAAUAAUCAAAUGGGGCAUAUUAUGAGACAUUAAGAUAGGAUGCUUUUCUGACAACCUGUACCUGUCGUUCAAGUAUAAACAUGCAUCUGUCUGGACUGUUACAUGGUAUCAACGGAUAUGUACAUGUACUUACAAACCGAACUCAAUGUGAUACAGGACGUCAGAAAAGUGUCGUACUAUAAAAUUUCCUAUAUAUUAACUAGUUAUAUACAAAUGAUUUCUGUAUUUAAAUUUUUAUAUUGAAUGUAUAAUUACCUCUCUUUCAUCUUUCAGUUCUCUGAUUGUUUUCGUUUUUCUAACCAAUCAUAAUCCAGAGUAGUGGGCUAAUUUUGUUCUAUCACUUUUAUUGUCAGAUUUACUCAGGCCAAACCAGAUAGGUUUGUGAGAUGAUAUUCUUGUCAGAUUCAGAGUAUAAUUCAUAAUAUGUUCAGAAAUUGAUGUAAAUGUUCGUAUGGUUUGUUUUGGGCCUUAAAUAUCAUUAUUUAUUUUAUCAUUAUUUAUUUACUGCAGUGUGUUAAAAGGGCUGGCUCACAGAAUUCAAUAGCUGAAAAUGCGAAAAAUAAUAAAUUAUUGGUGACUGCUAAAAGAUUUACUGUGAUCUACUAUUGUCUCAUAAGGUAGAAAUAUCAUGUUUUCUGCACCUUCCUUUCAUAUUUAACUCGGCCUUCUUCAUAAGAACCAUUGUUUUUGACAUGUUUUCAUCAUUUUUGUAUAUUAAAACAUUUGUUUUAAUUGUGGUAAAUCUUAUUUGGUAGUAAGAGUAUAUCUUUUAAGAUUUGAUUUUUUUUUUUACUGUAAGAAGCAUUAUAAACUAAGUUCUAUUUUUUUCAAUGUCUGACUCUAUAAAAUGUGAGCGUUUCCCUUUAAAUGGGCACAUUAUAGGUAACACUUGACAGAACAUUGAAACAUAAUAAUGCAUUAGGAUUUAAAACAAAAUUAUUUGGGGCGACAACCUAUAUAAAGCUCCUUUAAGUCACUUUUUAUGUCUGGGGCUAUCAUGUUAUGAUAUAUACUAACUGUGAUAAUAUUGACAGCUUAUAUGUGAUAUCUGUAAAAAAAAAAUAUUCAAAUUGUAAAUACAAAAGAAUAAUUAAAACAAUCUAAAUAAGUAACAUAAAAACCCAUGUCUUUAAAGCUGCACUCCCACAGAUACACCAUUUUUACCUUUUUUUAUUUUUUGUCUUGGAAAGAGCAAAUUUUUGCGUAAAUAUCUGUAAACCAAUGAUAAAAGGUUGCUGACAAAAGAUCCAAUUGCAUGUAUUAUGGCUUAAACCGUUUUAGAAAAAUGCAUAAAAAAUAAGUUUUUGAACUUAAAUGUAAAAAUUUGCGAUCCAAUCUUUUGUCAGCAGUCUUAUAUAACUGGUUUCCAUGGAUUUUCGCAAAAAUUGGUUCAUUCCAAAACAAAAAAUGAAAAAGUUGUCAAAACAUUCAAUCUGUGAGAGUGCAGCUUUAAUAAUUAUUCCGUCUAAAUUGUUUAGUAAAAGUAAUUGACAAUGAAAAUAAUUAUAACAUUGCUAUGACAGUCGGUUAUGUUGUUUUGAUCUUGUUUUUGGUGCUUUUAUGUUUGUUUGCAAAUAUAAUAGAGUGUUCAUUUUAUUAUCUUUUUUUUUAAUAACUGAAACAAUUUUUAGCUCGACUAUUCGAAGAAUAGGUGGGCUAUACUACUCGCCCCGGCGUCGGCGUCUGGUUAAAGUUUUAGGGCAAGUUGGGAUUUUCACUUAUAAGUCCAAUACCCUUGAUUCAAUUGACUUAAUACUUCAGGCAGUUGUUCAUGGCCAUCACAUGAUGAUAUUAGAUAACUCCAUAUUAUUCUUUACACAUAUUAUGGCCCCUGAUUGACUAUGGAACUUAGGUUAAAGUUUUAGGGCAAGUUGGAAAACUAAGUAUUUAUCAAUAACUUCUAUAUCCUUUGUUCAAUUGACUUAAUACUUCACACAGUUGUUCAGGACCAUCACACAUUGAGGUUACAUAACCCCAUAUUAUCCUAAAUACAAGUUAUGGCCCCUGAUUGACUUAGAUUAAAGUUUUAGGGCAGGUUAAAGUUUAAGGGCAAGUUGGGAUUUUCACUUAAAACUCCAAUACCAUUCAUUAAAUUGACUUAAUAGUUCACACAGAUGUUCAGAGCCAUCUCAUAAUAAGGUUAGAUAACUCAGUAUUGUAUUUUAUACAAAUUAUGGCCCCUGAUUGACUAUGGAACUUAGGUUAAAGUUUUAGGGCAGGUUGGGAUAUUGUUUAAUAACUUCUAUACCCUUCAUUCAAUUGACUUAAUACUUCACACAGUUGUUCAGGACCAUCACCCAAUGAGGUUACAUAACUCCAUAUCCUUAAUACAAGUUAUGGCCCCUGAUUGACUUAGGUUCAAGUUUUAGGCAAGUAAAAGUUAAGGGCAAGUUAAAUAAAAAAAACUUCUAUACUGUUCAUUAAAUGCACUUAAUAAAAUUCAAAAUUAUUUACGACCAUCUUACAUCAAGAAACAUAACUCUGUUUUAAGCCUGAAUACAAAUUAUGGCCCUUGAUUUUUAAAAAAAAAAUUUAUUUCCUUUGAAAGGCAUAUUUGUAUAUUCUUAACCACAUUUUCAUAAUGGGAAAUCAAGUUAUUUGAAUGACUUGCGUCAUUGUUUGGGCGGGCUGGUGGGAGGGCAACAUCAAAGUCACCUUAUGUAUCGAAUAAUUUUAGUUAGGUUUGACAUAAAGAGACCAAGCUUGGUAUAAUAUUACAUCAUAAUUGUAUUCUAAGUCAAAGCGGCGUAGUCGAGCGCGCUGUCUUAUGACGGCUCUUGUUGUUCAUGCCGUAAUGUUAUAGGGUUGUUUCUUAACAUUACUGUGUUAUAUUAAAUUUAAAAAUCCAAAUUUUAGCGAUAAUCCACCAGCCGCAUUUCACAAUGUCACCCUAACAACAUACAUUUUACUUACAUGAUUUGAUUUUAUUUUUCAAUUCAGUGACAUUUCAGGGAGAAAUUUUGAUUUUUUUCAAUGGUUUAUCUGAUAAAAACUGUGAAAAAGGCAAGCUUUUCAAGUUGUGAUUAGAAAAAACUCGUUUCAAUGUAAAAGCUAAACUAUCACAGUUCUGACAACAUUUUUUUAUUAUUUGUCUGGGAAUCAUCUAAUUGUGCAUAAAUAUCUGGCGAUUUAAGUGAUAUAUUAAAGAAGGCUGACUUAAGGUUAGAUCACACUUUUUCAUAUAUACAGUUGAAAAUUCAUGUUUAAUGGCUAAAAAGCGUUACUAACGCUUUAAAACUAACGCUUUAAAGAAAAUUGAAAUUUUCUGCCACUUUUCAAUUUAGAUAAUAAAUGUUUUAUUGUGAGUUAUCUUAUAUCACUGAAUUGAAGGCAUUGAUGACAGAAUCAGCUGAUUCUGAGACAAUAAUAUAAAAAAUUGUCAAAACUGUCAAUCUGUGAAAGUGCAGCUUUACACUCUGGCAUUCUGUUUGAAAUUAGCAGACCAUGUAUUUGUAAAUCAUGUAUACCCAACCCUUGUUUAUAUAUGUUGUUCUCGCGUUAAAAUCAUCGCCUUCGAAACUAUAAAAAACUCUUUAGGCUAAAAAUAAAUUAAUUGUUUGUUACCAAUUUCACUGCCAAAAAAUAAAGGGUAGUUAGGUUGAGAUUUUUUUUUGUUAAGAUGUGAGUUCAAAUCCUAAUUGAUUAUUACUGCCAUUUUGUCUGGGUAUAUUUACACAUCCUUUUGCACAAGAAACUACUAAAAAAAUUAUUCCAAAUGAAGAAAAAAAUAUUGGGCCAAAGCUUGGUUAUCUUGCCAGUUGAUGACCCAGGUUGAUUUUGGGGCCAAAGGUCAUGGUCAUAAUGCCAGUUGAUGACCCAGGUUGAUUUUGGGGCCAAAGGUCAUGGUCAUAAUGCCAGUUGAUGACCCAGGUUGAUUUUGGGGCCAAAGGUCAUGGUCAUAAUGCCAGUUGAUGACCCAGGUUGAUUUUGGGGCCAAAGGUCAUGGUCAUAAUGCCAGUUGAUGACCCAGGUUGAUUUUGGGGCCAAAGGUCAUGGUCAUAAUGAGUUUAACAAAAAAUAAUUGGCACUCUUGACAGGUGACAUAUCUGAUUCUCAAAAUUCAAGUUAUAUUCAAUCAAUCGGGUACAAAAAUUUAUACACAUUUUUAAGUCUCAUUUUCGAAGAAUAAGAAGAGCUACAUGUAUACCACACACCCUAGCAUUGGCGUCACACCUGGUUAAGGUUUUUCAUGUAAACACGGUUAACAACUUCGGUCAUUUUCUCAGCAAAUAUAUCAUGUACUGCAUUGAACUUUUGAUAUGUGUUCCCAACUAUCUAACCUACUGGAUUAAUGAAGUUUGAUAAUACUUUUUUGAAUAUAAUGUGAAUAAUUUCUUUUUUAUUAUUCGACUUGGAAAUUUUGGUAAAGUUUUUGCUAGCACACAUAAUUUAAUAUCUCAGCAGCAAGUGAUGUAUUGCAAUGAGGCUACCGGUAUAUACUCAAACUUGCAACCUACUGUUUUAACCAAGUGAGAUAACUCUAUUUAGCAUAAUUAUGAUGCAUGUACAAUGUAUGUGAACAUACUCUGUGUUUACUGUACACUAAAAAAUAUCACUUCUUUAUCAUUUUAUAUAACUA